AUGUUCCGAACCACCGCGAAGGUCUGUACUGGAGAGGAUGAGCGAAAAGAAUCGUUGGAAAUGGCACGCGACAUUGCUCAGCUAAAUGGUUACUGCAUCUCCCCAACCACCCACGAAGUUUUUCCCAGUGGCGCCGAACGGAGACAUGGUAGUACCUUCAUGGAGGAGAAAGUUCCCUUCGUGCUGCCAUUUAUCUCUGAUGAAGUCAGCGCCGCCAUCAGAAAAUGUCUCAAGAGGGCAGGUUUGGAAAAUUCGGUUGCCAUUAUAAACGUGCCACGCUUCAAUCUGAAGCAACGCCUGGUACGAAGCCGGCAGUAUGACCGCCUAUGUACCACCUCAAACUGUGUGGUAUGUCCAGCUGGUAGGGAAGGGGAUUGCUCUAUGUCUGGGGUGGUCUAUAAGAUCACUCCCCGAAACUGCGGGGAUGAGUAUAUUGGUGAAACGGCAAGACCACUCCACGUAAAAAACAAGGAACACCUAGAUGGCAUGAACCGAUCGAGGGAGUCCAUCGUCUUAGGAGCCCACCGCGUUCAAAAUCACAACGGAGGCGUCUUUGAGGUCACCGUGGAGGUCGUGGCCCAGGAACCGCAAUUGUGCGCCCGCAAAUCCUUCGAGGCAUUUUGGAUACAGGCCACCAAUCCAAAAAUGAACCGGAGGGAGGAAUGA